GUCACACUGCAAGCCAAUUUGGAAAAUCUGAGCGAAAAAUUUUGGAAAAAAGGGUGUUUGUGUAUUGAAAAGCCUCAGAAUUGGUGUGAAAAUGACGUCGCUGGACCCGGCGCCGAACAAAACGUGGGAGCUGUCGCUGUACGAGCUGCAGCGCAAGCCGCAGGAGGUGAUCACGGACAGCACGGAGAUCGCGGUGUCUCCGCGGAGCCUUCACAGCGAGCUGAUGUGCCCCAUCUGCCUGGACAUGCUGAAGAAGACCAUGACGACGAAGGAGUGCCUGCACCGCUUCUGCUCCGACUGCAUCGUCACCGCCCUGCGAUCGGGCAACAAGGAGUGCCCCACAUGCAGAAAGAAACUUGUGUCUAAGCGCUCGUUGCGCGCCGAUCCCAAUUUUGACCUGCUCAUCUCGAAGAUCUACCCCAGUCGCGAGGAGUAUGAGGCCAUCCAGGAGAAGGUAAUGGCCAAGUUCAACCAGACGCAGUCGCAGCAGGCGCUGGUCAACUCCAUCAACGAGGGCAUCAAGCUGCAGUCCCAAAACCGACCACAGAGAUUCCGCACCAAGGGUGGUGGUGGAGGCGGCGGAGGCAAUGGUAAUGGUGCGCCCACUGGCGGCAGUGUGGCUGCACCUCCUGCUCCUGGAGCUCCCGCUGCUGUGGCCCGCAAUGCCUCCAACCAAUUGCAUGUCCACGACACAGCAUCCAACGACAGCAACAGCAAUACCAACAGCAUCGAUCGCGAGAACCGAGAUCCGGGUCACUCGGGCACCUCUGCGGCCUCGGCCAUUACGAGCGCCUCAAAUGCGACGCCCUCCUCGUCGGCCAAUUCGGGCGCCAGUACUUCCGCCACCCGGAUGCAGGUGGACGACGCUUCCAAUCCACCCUCGAUGCGAAGCACACCCUCCCCGGUGCCGUCCAAUUCGAGCAGCUCUAAGCCGAAGCGCGCCAUGUCGGUGUUAACCUCGGAGCGGUCCGAGGAAUCCGAAUCCGACUCCCAGAUGGACUGCCGCACCGAGGGCGACUCCAACAUCGACACCGAGGGCGAGGGCAAUGGUGAGCUGGGCAUCAACGAUGAAAUUGAGUUGGUAUUCAAGCCCCAUCCCACCGAGAUGUCCGCGGAUAACCAGCUAAUACGGGCGCUCAAGGAGAAUUGUGUGCGCUACAUCAAGACGACGGCCAAUGCCACCGUCGACCAUCUCAGCAAGUAUCUGGCCAUGCGGCUUACCCUCGAUCUGGGGGCUGAUCUGCCGGAGGCCUGUCGCCUGCUCAACUUCUGCAUCUACGUCGCUCCCCAGCCACAGCAAUUGGUCAUCCUGAAUGGCAACCAGACGCUGCAUCAGGUCAACGAUAAAUUCUGGAAGGUAAAUAAGCCGAUGGAAAUGUAUUAUUCGUGGAAGAAAACCUAAGCAGUACGAAAGGUGUUUUAGUUUUAGGACGUUUAUUUCUGAACUGGAAAUAUCUCUAUAGCUGUACAGCUUAACAAGUAUAUAAAGCAUUCAUUAUAAAACAAAAUUUAGUUUGGUUUAAUAUAUACACAUUGACAAGGA